AACCAGCGAGGAGACCUCGCAGCGUAACGCAUACUAAUCUAUCGUCAUAUUUAUUUUAGCCAAGAUUGUGACAAGGAAAACUAACUUCGAAUACACAUUAGCAAAACAAGAAAAACUAGUAAAAAACAACUGCUGACAAGGUGUUUCAAGCCUAAAGAUAAGAUUUCCGAUAUUAAAUCUUUUUUAAAUUAUUUUUUAUAAUAUCUCAUUGAAGUGGAUCAUCCUAACAGCACGCAUGGACACCAUCAUGGACAGUUUUGGGUCGGAGAAACUUUUCCCCAGCGCCAACCUGUUGGACCUUGAGGAUCUGAAUGAAGGCGAUUUUCUCAACAAUGUACCAUUCUCCGAACAGAUGGAGGACUUCUCCAGUGUGCUGUUCAGCAGCUUCUUUGAUGAGGGGCUGUUGGCAGAGCGAGGCCCCCUGCUAGCCAUAGACAUGGACCAGCCCCCCAGCCCAGACAUCCAGGCCGAGCACAGCUACUCCUUCAGCGGAGACUCUGCCCCCCAAAGCCCCUCCAUGUCAAUCAAGAUGGACGAGGACGAAGAGUUCGAGGGCAUGUGGAACUUCAGCCAGGACCUAACUGCCAUCUUGGUGAAGCAGGAGCCAGGAGGUCACGGACCGGAGCCUCAUGCAGCAGGCCCCGCCACCCAGCCCCUCACCCUGGCCCCACCCCCCCACAGGAGCACCCCCCAGGAUCCGAGUUGCAGAGACGCUGGUGCGAGUGCUGUCCCCACCAUUAAGGCUGAGCCUGGAGAGAACAACCAGUUCCUCAACAUACCAACAGAUGACCAGCUGCAGCUGCCCCCCACCCCUCCCAGUAGCCAUGGCAGUGACAGCGAUGGCUCCCAGAGCCCCCACUCCCUACCCCCCUCCAGCCCCUCCCGCCUGCAGGCUCGCUCCUCCGCAGCCAUCUCCACCUCCCCCCUCCUCACUGCUCCACACAAGCUGCAAGGAACGUCGGGCCCCCUGAUGCUGACGGAGGAGGAGAAGAGGACGCUGGUUGCCGAGGGUUACCCCGUGCCCAACAAGCUCCCCCUCACCAAGACGGAGGAGAAGGCCCUGAAGAGGGUCCGACGCAAGAUAAAGAACAAGAUCUCAGCCCAAGAGAGUCGCAGGAAGAAGAAAGAGUAUGUGGAAUGUCUGGAGAAAAAGGUGGAAAACUACAACUCAGAAAACACUGACCUGUGGAAGAAAGUGGAGACACUGGAGAGUGCCAACAGGUCUCUGCUGCAGCAGCUCCAGAAGCUCCAGUCUCUGGUCACAGGAAAGAUUCCCCGUUCCUCCAAGAUGGCCUCCACGCAGACCAGUACCUGCCUUAUGGUGGUGGUGCUGUGUUUUUUCCUGGUUCUGGGCUCCCUGGUGCCCUGUCUGCCAGAACUCUCUUCUCUGUCCCAAACCGUCAAGUCCACCUCUUCACCCCUCCCCUCGACUGACCUUUACACCACCAGCCAGGUCCGUUCCCGCAGCCUGCUCUUCCAUGACGAGGGCUCCCAGAUGGAGGACGGUCCCCGGAGCAUCCUGAAGAUGGAGGCGGAGGGCUGGGAGGGGCCAGGUCCGAGUCACACUGUCCACCACACCCACGACCAUGCCCAGCAGCCCCAGACCAGCCGGUACCGGGCCCAGGCCCACGCCGAUUCCCGAGACCUCAAUGGAACCAGCGGCCCAUUCCACCAAGAGGAGCCGCGGUUUCACAAAAGAGAACUAAAUCCGGACGGGGCGGAAUCCUUCUAACCCUUUAGAGGCGGGGCUUCCUCCAUUGACCCCUGACCCGUGACUCCUGUAGGGGUGUGGUGGCUCCAUGCUGCCCCCUAGUGUCCCUAACUCUCCAACCCCUGGCAUCUAUCCAUCCCUCUCGCCCUGCCGUACCUGACCUCUGACCUCCAUCCCGCCCCUUCAGCUAACCAGCCCUCCAACCCACAGGCCCUCCAGCUUCCCCGUCCUCCCAGCCUUCCAGCCCUCCAGGACCCAGAUCCUUCCAGCCUUCCAGCCCUCCAGCUCCAUCCAGCAAAUCUGGCCUUAAACCCUCCAGCCAUUCCAGCCAUCCCCUUUCAGAGAGCCCUCCCAGCCCCACAUACCCCUAUGUUCACACCUUGCUGUUCCAUCCCUGCUGUUCCUGCCACCUUCUGUGCCCCCUACUUCCACCUGUGUCCCCCACGUCCACCUACUCGCCGACCAGCUACCCCAAGGACCUCUUCCACGCCUAGCCAACAGAGAGAAGACAGAAAUAGAGGAGGAGGAGAGAAAACAGAGAGAGAAAGCAGGAGGCAAGACAGAGACCUGCACUGUAAAGCCCUACAUCACUCAUCCAUGCCUUACCGUUGGAUUUUAUAUGGGAGAGAGGUGAGAUAGGGGGGAUCUGAGUGUAAUGACUAGUGUGUGUGUGUGGGUGUAUGUGUGUGUGUGUGUGUAUGUGAGAUUGUGUAAAUCUGUGAGUGUGUGUCUUGUGAAGUGGGUGAGCGUGGGUGCUCUGUGUCUGUGAUUCCUGCACAGUUGCACACACUGCAAGUUUCCAAAAAUACCAUAAAGAGAAGAGGAGGAAGUGGAGAGCAGAGGAGAGGCAGUUUCAGGUGAAGGGUGACAGUUGUCAUGACAGAUCAGGUAGGAUGAAGAAAUAGAAAGAGUUAAGAAGGUAGAGGGAGAGUUAAAAGUAAAAUAUUAAAAAAAUAUAUAUAUAGAAAUCUUGACAUCCACGUUGGGUGUCAAAAAAAUCUUUAGUUAUUGUCUCUCCCCUCACCCACUCCUGACUUUAUGUAGAAGCCUAAAAUAAAAAAUAAAAAAGGAAUAUAUUGUUGCAUAAACUCCAAAGAUAAUCCACCAACACUUAUACUCCAUGCACUCAGUGCCCAACACUACCGGUCACACGCACACACACGCACACACUCACACACACACACACACACACACACACACACACACACACACACACACACAGCUUGCCAUUGUAUUGCACUUUUCUGGAUUGUAUUACAAGCUGUUGGAUCAAAGUGCCUUCAAUUCUGUCAUCACCUGCUUUGGGCUUGUGGUCAAGUGGGUUCUUUUUGCUUUCAAACCCAAAGCUCUGUUUAUGGAAUCUAAAUCAUACAGUAUGUAAUAUAUAUCCUCUGCAUCAAAAAGAGCAUAUUUAUUUUAUGCAACAAAAAAAGAAAAUAUGUUUGUGAACAUAAAUUUGGAUUAUGAUUGUCAUGUUUACAUGAUCUUGUUUGUUUUAACUGUUAAACAGUUCCUCAGUUUUUGUAUUUAUUUCUGUAUCAAGAAAAAAAAACGUUUUUGUAUAUAUUGAACAGGGACAAUUGAUGUACAUAAAAGUGAGAGGUCGCAGUUCCCCCACCCCGGGAUUGCUGCCCCCCCCCCCCCCCCCUCCCCCAAUCCCUCCAGGUCCAUCUCUGGCAGCCUCUCUGUCUUCACUAUGACCAGCCGUCUCAGAGCUGACCAGACCAUGUUCCUACCAGCUGUAGACCCAGCAGCUUUAUCUAAACACCUCAUUAUCCAGAUGUGAUAAAACACCCAGUGACGAUCCUUGAGCCUUAAUCUGAACCCAGUGCGGUAAUCUACCAGUCCAAUCUCCAGUCAUGGCAGUACUCAGAAGCAGGAAGAAGAUGUGUCAAAGAAACACAUAACCUUGAGUCAUGUCUGCUCUCUGCCUCUCUAUAUCCAUCUAAACUCUCCUCUUUACCCUGUUCUUCCUCCUCAUUCUUCGCAUCCUUUUCAUCCUCCUCCUCUUCUUCAACCCCCCUUCCUUCUUCAUGCUGUGGGGAAGGGAGGGGGAUAGGAUCCGGAAGGUUUUCGGAAGGAGAAGCAAAGGAAGAAGGAGGGCAUGUUGACCCCAGAGAGAGUGACUCAUUUUGGGGAUAGAGGUUGAGUGAGACAAGUUUGGAGGUCAGGCUAGGUUUACAAAAAAGAUGAGACUCCCAAACCAGCCUUACUCACACACAAGUCAAUUCUCCUUUAGCCUGGCCCAGCCUAACCUGGCCCAGUCUGGUCUACUCUGGUCCGGUAUGGUCUGGUAUGGUCCUGGAAUAUAUCAAGGCUGCCAAACUUAAAAGGGACAGAAAACCACAAUUUCACCCAGACAUUCCAAAUCCUCUUUGUUGUUGUUUUGCAUUUGAUGAUGCCCUAUUGUACAUAACCAUGACAACAUGAAUACUCUUGCUGUAAAUAAGGGGAGGUAUUUUUGUAUUCUAGAUGUAUUUUGGUAUUCACCUUGUGUUCAGGGUUGACCAGAGGAGGGGGGUGUGGGUCUCUGGCCUCUGCCCCAAAUUCUCUAGCCCCCCACCCCCUGAACUGGACUUCUACAUUAAUCUCCUAUUUAGUCUCGUAGAUUUAGAAUCAAGCAAAAUAUAAAAUCUGCAUCAGCAAAAAACAUUGUCUUCCUCGGUUAUUCUG